UUAUUUGGUCUCAUUUGUGUAGAAUAAUAUACAAAACAAGGUGUUUUCAGUGAAACGAGCGAUAGUGAUGUCAUGAAGGGAAAUGACAGGUGUGACACUGUCUGAGACGAUCAACACUGUUUGUGCAACAUUCAGCAGAAUAAGGAAGAGACGGCUCCGGCGUGUCGUCAUGUUCACUGCGGUUUCAGGUCGGCGUGCAUGCAAACAUUUUCUCACACAGUGACAGAAAUAUAAGAUUAAACAACCAGCAGGAAGUGAUGCCCAUCCCACCACAAUAAAAGAACUCCUUCCACCUGAGGAAGCAUUAGUUCGUUGGACACUGACAGAGACAGAGCAUGUCUGGUUUCAAGAGGAUUUGUAUUUCAUUGUUUCUGGUGCUGCUUAAUUUAACAGGUCUCAUUUGCUUCGCAGCUGUAAGCGGACACAUGUCCCCCUCCCCCGUCAGAGAGGGAGCGGAGGUCACUUUGUCUUGUGACAAUGUGAAAGAAGAUCGGAGUGAGUGUGACAGCGUUUCUUGGCUCGUCACUUAUAAUAACAUAGAAGAAGAAGAAGAAACAGAGCUGGUUAGGUUUGGGCAGAUCAACACAUACCAGCUUUCCAGAUCUAAAGACAGACUGAGUCUGACAGAGAAGUGUUCUGUGGUUAUAAAGAAGGUCUCAGCUGAAGAUGUUGGUCGUUACGUCUGCAGACAGUUUGAAUCAGGACGACAACAAGCUCCAGACUCUGUGGUUGAUCUGUCUGUUGUUACCAUGACUGAACAGAAGGACGGUGAUGAGGUGAAGUUAAGCUGCUUUGUGUUCACAUACACACAGUGUGAAUACUUAGUGACGUUGGCACUAAGGGAAGACUACAAACAGAGAACUACGUCACCGUCUUUGUGCUGGGCCACGGCUUCCUUUCCCACUUCUCAUUUAAUUUACACACCAAAGAAGUAUGAGCUGUUCCAGUGUGAACUGACAGAGUAUUGGACUGGAAAGGUGCAGCAGUUCACCUUCAGACCUCAGUCCUCAGGCAGGGGUCCAGAACUGUUAAUAUCAGAACAGACAAACUCCACAACAACACAAGAAGCUGCUGCAGAUUGUUCUGCUCUGACCUUCAUCAUGUUGCUGAUGCGUGUGGCUGAACUCCUCCUCAUCACUGUGAUCACUGUUCUCCUCGUCAGAGCUCGAGGGAACCAGAGAGCACCUGAAUGCAACACUGUCUCAGACUCAGUGAGAAGCAGAACAGUGACGCGUUCAGGUGCAGCAGCCAGUCAGGUGCAGGAUGAUGGAGGUGUACAUGAUGCUACAGUGAACUAUGAAAACGUGACACCAGACCCUUCAGCUCCCGUUAGAUUCAACAGGAUUGACAUUUAAUCUGCAUCUAGCACCGUUAUUUCAUCCACGUGUGCUGUGGUGCCACCUGGAGGUGAAACACCAUCAGUCACUGUUAAUGUGUAAUUAUAUGGAUUUGGUUGUAUCAAUUAAAGGUGGAGUUUAUAUCAAAUAAGCUGCAUUUAUAGGAAUGUAAGUUUUUAACGCGAUGGCAUAAGAACAAACAGAAAUACAUGAACUCAGACUCAUUUCAGCAGUUUGGGUUAAAAAUAUCCACGUACUCUGAUCUAAUGUAAAUGUAUAAAACCCUUUUCAGACAUUAAAGCUCCAUAUUUUCUU